CAUUUAACAAUCGAACCAAAGAGCCAUGUGUGACAAGGAUAUCUACUGGACUCAGAGAUCAUUAACUCUUGUUUCUGUGCAGUUUCUUCUGAAGGACAGCAUGCUAUCAGUUAUUCUCACCUCUUCAUGAAUGUAGGGACCAGCUUCAGAUCAAUUAGCCUGAAAAGAAAGCCUAAGAAAGCCAGAGAGGAACACCACCUUCAUUCACUGAUCAAGGAUUACGUUGCUUUACAGAUGUCUUUAUAGCAUGGACUUUGUGUGAACUGAUCAUGUCUAUUAAAAGCUAACUUUACAGCAGACCAACAAAAAGCGUCUGGUAAAUCUGUAACAUAUGACACUGAGACUGUGUAUAGAAAGCUAAAACUAGCAGUUUGAAUUUUUGACAACAGAGUGAAAGUGUGCCUUCAUCGUAUCAUAACCAACCAUGGCUGGCAGUGGAGGUCCGACAGCUACAUUCUCAGUCUGGGACUAUGUGGUGUUUGCUGGGAUGAUCUUGGGAGCUGCUGGCAUUGGACUCUUUCAAGCUUUCCGAGGCCGCAAAGAUAACAGCAGUGCUGAGUUCUUGCUGGGUGGCCGUCAGAUGACGGCAGUUCCAGUCGCCAUGUCACUCACGGCUAGUUUCAUGUCUGGGAUUACAGUGAUUGGCACUCCUGCGGAGGCCUACAGAUAUGGCACAGCAUUCUGGCUCUUUGCCUUCGCCUAUGCCAUCAUGUCCAGCAUCACUGCAGAGAUCUUUGUGCCUCUGUUUUAUCGACUUGGCAUCACCAGUACAUAUGAGUACUUGGAGCUACGCUUUAAUAAACUUAUUCGAGUGAUCGGAACAACCAUGUACAUAGUCCAGACAGCUUUGUACACAGGCAUGGUCAUCUAUGCCCCAGCGCUGGCCCUCAACCAGAUUACUGGCCUGGAUCUUUGGGGAGUGCUGGUGGCCACAGGCACCGUCUGCAUCAUCUAUUGCACCCUGGGAGGCCUAAAGGCAGUGAUAUGGACAGAUGUGUUCCAGAUGGUCAUUAUGCUGGCUGGGUUUGUAGCAGUCAUUGCUCGUGGGGCCGUGCUUCAGGGAGGCUUGGGAAAAAUUUGGGAAGAUAACUAUAAUGGAGGACGCUUAGAUGCGUUUAGUUUUGAUCCAGAUCCCCUGAAGCGGCACAGUUUUUGGACCAUUGUUGUCGGGGGUAGUUUGAUGUGGGUGUCAAUGUAUGCCAUUAACCAGUCACAGGUGCAGCGCUAUAUCUCCUGUAAAACCAUGACCCAUGCCAAAAUGUCUCUGUAUGUAAAUAUGGUGGGGUUGUGGAUUACCGUGAGUCUGGCAAUGUUUUCUGGCCUCACCAUGUACUCUAUCUAUAAAGACUGUGAUCCUCUUACUAACAAAGAUGUUGGUUCAUCAGACCAGCUUCUUCCAUAUUUAGUAAUGGACAUUCUAGCAGAAUUUCCAGGCCUUCCUGGCUUGUUUGUAGCAGCUGCCUACAGUGGAACAUUAAGUACGGUAUCAUCCAGUAUUAAUGCUCUGGUGGCUGUCACAGUGGAAGACUUUGUGAAACCUAUGUGGCCCAAUUUGAGUGAAAAGAAGUUGUCAUGGAUUAACAUGAGCAUGAGUGUUGUAUUUGGGGCUGUGUGCAUUGCUAUGGCAGCAGUUGCCUCUUUGAUGGGAAGUAUAUUGCAGGCCGCCUUGUCUGUAUUUGGUAUGAUCAGUGGACCUCUGUUGGGGCUUUUCCUGCUGGGCAUGUUCUUCCGCUGUGCUAACUCCAUUGGGAGCCUGACUGGAUUAAUAACUGGCCUGAUUAUAACCCUGUGGGUGGGCAUUGGUGCUCAGGUGUACCCUCCUUUACCGAUUAAGACCAAACCACUUCCCCUCAGCGUUUCAGGAUGUCAUGUUGGAGACACAAACAUAACCACCACAGUGGCAGCAUGGACGAGUACAGCCCUACCAGCCACAGAGCCAAGCAUUGUGAGACCAGCUCUUGCUGAUACCUGGUACUCUUUGUCCUACCUGUACUUCUGCCCUGUGGCCAUGCUGGUGACAGUGACCACUGGGCUAAUUGUCAGUGCCAUCACAGGUGGCUGUAAACAAGAGAAAAUAAACCCAGAGAUGUUUGUUAUGAAGGAAGACCUCAUCUGCUUUGGCUGCCGUAGAACAGAUCCUGAGAAUCCUGCAACAGUCUUGGUUGAGAAAGUAGAGCCAGAGCAGCCGCAUGGCUUGGACAAUCCUCAAUUCACUGACAUCAAACCGAAACUAAAGGACAGUGACGAUACCACCAAGUUGUAAACUAUUUUUCUGUCACCACAACAGUAUGACUCUAUUCAUGAUACUGUAACCAAUGUAACUAGGAGAGAAGCUAUUUUUUAAAAACACAAACGAUUACUUUAAUUCCAAUUUUAAACAGCUUUUGCACUGCAUUGGCAUCUUUUUAUGGUUAAUUAUUUCAUGGCAGUCUAUUUAUUAUUAUUAUUAUUAUUAUUAUUAUUGAUUUGUCAAUUGAAAUAUGAUUGAUUAUUAUUAUUUAUCUUGAAUUAUUGAAUUGAAUUAAUUUUGAAUUAAUUUUUAUAUAUGAAGUAUUAUUUGUAAUACAAUAUUCAAAGACCGAUUGUCAGCAGCAUGGUGGGGCAAUCGCGCGUGUGUGUGUGUGUGAGAGAGAGAGAGAGAGAGAGAGAGAGACAGACAGACAUACAGAAACAGAGAUAGAUAUGGUGGACUGAUGGUGACUGAUAUGGUGGAUAGAUGGUGGACUGAUGCACACCUAUGUUAGGCUCCAGAUUCACCAGACAUGUAUAAAGAUAUAUAUAAUUAAGACAGUGUGCUGUACAAAGCAGUGUGCUGUAAAAUGGAAUGUUCUACUGAGAAUCCGCUAUAAUAUAUUAUGUAUAAAUAUACAUUGGAAUGAAUAAUUAUAAUGGGAACACACAACACACAGAUGCAAUGUACAAACACACAAGGGUUAAACACAUUAGAUCUGACCACACCUGUUCCCUUAACAACAUAACCAAACAGGAAAGAGCAUGGGAAGGCUACACCCUCUUUUAUGCCUGUGUGAUAUAAGACUCCAUUUUUCAUGGAGUGGAAAAUAAAUAGAGCUCACUAAAUGAGGAAAACAAUAAUCACUACAUGAGAAUUUUGUGGUUUUAUUGUUUGGAGUUGUUCCAUCCAAAGUUUAGGUGAGUAAAAACUUUACUGCUUAAUAGUAUUGCAAUGUAAGUGACAUAAAAUCAAAACCAACAGUGGUAAAUAUUUAUUUAGUUUUGAGUCAAUCAUUACACCCAUAGUGCCUUAAAAGUUUUUAUAACUCAUCAUUUAAAUGUGUGGUGUUCUAAAAAGGAAACAGGAAACCUGUAUGCGGAGAACGAAUAAAGACCAUGUAAAAACUUGCCAAACCACUAAGCAAUCAAAUGAGCUGAAGCAAAAUUUCAUUAUAAUGCCAUGUUCUAAAAUAACUGGCAGGCACACAUCUAUGGAGGAAUGUAAUUGUCAGGGGUAUAGGUCAGUUAGAUUCUAGUAUAUAUUUUUAUAUCUAUUUUUAAAAAGGAAAAUGGUUAUGUUCAAAUGGUCAUCCAAACUCUACCCUGUUGCCAUGCUGGUGACAGUGACCACUGGGCUAUUCGUCAGUGCCAUCACCCGUGAGAUUACUAACUCCUAGUACUAACAUUAAUAGUGAGAUGAGAUCUAAACAGUCAAUAAUGAUGUGGAUUAUAAACUCUGUAUGUUCUGUCUUACUGUAGAUGAUACACUAUAUGGCCAAAAGUAUAUGGACACCUGUCCAGCACACCCGUAUUUGGGCCUGAUGCCUCAAAGCUGGAAACCGCUGCCACAAAGUCUUAAACACACAAUUGUCUAGAAUUGAUAGUGUGACUGCUUCUUCUUCUUUAGUUUUUCCAUGCCUCGAAAUAUCACUGAGAGGACACAAAUGUUAAUAUUUGACAUUGGCAAUGUCUGACACCAGGAGAUCAAGUUCUCCUAUUUUUUAUUUGUAUCACAUUUAAAGCUCAUAUAAAAGUACAGUAUUUUUGUACAGUUAUUACAAGAGCCACCUCUAAUUAAACUGUAUUUUUAUAUUCAUCCUUUGAGAUGAACUGGAACACUGACUUAGCCCCAGGCCUAACUCAUGCUCUUUUGAUUAAAUGUGCAAAUCUCCACAGUCGGGUUCCCAAAACCUACUGGAAAACCUUCUGAGAAGAGUGGAGCUUAAUAUAACAUCAGUGGGGACUGAAAUUGGAUGUUCAAUACGUACAUAUGGCUGCGAUUGUCAGAUGUCCAUGUGUUCUAAUUAAAAUAUGCAUGCAGAACUAACUUACAAAGCUUUAUAGACUUAACGAUACCAUUUACCUAACUUUAGGAAUAUAAUUCUUGUCUUUUUUAAAGGGUACAAAGGACAUCUGGAUAACCAUGGAUCUGUGUAAUAAAUUGCUUUUGAAGUGUU